GCCAUGACGGGUUGGCCCUGAAGGGAAAGGGGCGGCUUGUCCGCUCUACGACCCGAAAAAACGAGGCAAGGGGGGUUGGGCUGGGCGCCGCCAUGACAACUGACACCGGAAAAGGCGGGGCGCUCCUCCCUGACUGAUCCCCCACCGGCACCGGCCUCGAGAUGCAGGCGGCCCUGGAGGUCACUGCACGCUACUGUGGCCGGGAGCUGGAGCAGUAUGGCCAGUGUGUGGCAGCCAAGCCUGAGUCAUGGCAGAGAGACUGUCACCACCUUAAGAUGAGCAUUGCUCGAUGCACAUCCUCCCACCCAAUCAUCCGUCAGAUCCGCCAGGCCUGUGCUGAGCCUUUUGAGGCCUUUGAGGAGUGUCUUCGACAGAAUGAGGCAGCAGUUGGCAACUGUGCAGAUCAUGUGCGCCGCUUCCUGCAGUGUGCUGAGCAGGUGCAGCCGCCACAUUCACCCUCGACUGUGGAGGCACAGCCGCUUCCCACCUCCUGAGGACUCUUUGGACUAUAGGAAAACUGGACAUGAGUGACUGGCCACUUUUUAUUGCCCCCACCCCUGAAGAGUGGCCAGAUGAAGUCAUGAGGGCCCUGGAGGUGGGCCUGGCUUCCCUGGACAUCAGGACUCACAAUAAAUGAAGACUGUGUAUACCAGG